CCCGCUCGGAGGAAGAUCUUCCUAUUGUUACGGUCGAGUGUAUCAUCAUAGCUCCCGUACAUCCGUAAAAUCCGCAAGAGGUAGGAACCACCUGCGUGGUACCUCUUGUCUGUAUAAGUUAGCUAGUUGUCCUUGUGCUGUUUGGAUGUUAUAGCAGUGGCCCUGGGUGACAUGCCGCUGCAGUGGCUUCCCGGGGAGCCCGACAACGCAGACAACAGCGAGGACUGCAUCGCGUACGUGGACGGCUGCGUGGCGGACAUAAACUGCACUGAGCUACUGCCGUUCGUGUGCUACAAGAAGUCCACUGCGAUGUCCAAACCGAUUUGCGAUACCGAUGACGAAGGUGAGCCGGGCCCGCGUGACCGCUGCUACAAGCUUCACCACGAGCAUCGAACCUGGACCCAGGCGAACCAGAUCUGCGUAGCGGAAGGGGGUCAGCUAGCUACAAUCAGAAGUAGAGAAGAGGCAUCGUAUCUAAGGAUUGCCUACCUAGGACUCGUUACAUCAGACAUUGCUUUUAAUGUCAUAUUUAUUGGUUUCCUGGAUUGGAGUGGACGCGGGGACUGGAGGACUAUUCAAGGGCAAUCGUUGGAGAACGCAGGCUUCGAUGAUUGGGACAGCAGACAUCUGGAUUGCUCAGACGCCGGGAAGACUUGUGGCGCCUUGCAGCUGACAAAUGUCAAGCUGAUCAGCCACUGGUGCGAGCACACCGCGCCUUUUCUGUGCGCUUUCCCCCAGAAUAGCACUCCCUAA